GGCUCAUCACCUGCUCCGGCUCUUCCGAUCGUCUCUCGCUUUCGCUCACAACGCGCGCGCGCGUCGGCACAAGCUCACUUUACGCGCGCGAGAGAGCACAGGCACGGGCACGACUCCACUCUCUCGCGCGGCUAGGUGUAGGUGUAGUGUAGCUAGCACGCUCCAGUCCCCCGGGCCAUGUCGUCGGCGGCGGCGGCUCCCCGUGUGCCCGGGGCCGCACGGAGGCUGUCUCAGUCUCCGAAGCCGCCUGGAGCCAGGGACAAGGAGCCGCCUCCGCCGGCGUCGGCCAGGAGAAAGAAUCUGCUGCCGUCGCCGGCGUCGGCCAGGGGCGCCGCGGCGUCCAUGCUACUGCGCCGUGCCGCAGUCGCCGGUGGUGGGCGGGGGAGCAGCUACGUGCACCCGUCGUCCUCGCUCAGCGUCUCGUGCGCGUCGGAGGCGUCCACCGAGUCAUUCUGCAGCCGGGCGUCCACGGGCCGGAUCGGCCGCCGCCCCGCGGGCCCGCCCGCGGGGGCUCCCCGGCGGAGGGCGGCGGGCUCUGCCGGACCUCCCUCCGCGCGGCCGGCGGCGGCGGCGUCGGCGUCCAGGAAGGUCGCUAGUAGCGGCGUCGUGCCAGGCGGCGGUGCAGCGGCCACUACUGUUCACCAUCAGGCGGUGCCGCCGGUGGUAGCAGGCGGCUUGUUGAACGGAGAACCCACCGCGGCGGCGUCAGCGGGGCCGCCGAGGUGCCCCUGGAUUACCCCUAACAGUGAUCCCUGCUACGCUGCCUUCCAUGACCAAGAGUGGGGAGCUCCAGUACAUGACGACAUGAAACUGUUCGAAAUGCUGACUCUGUCUGGUGCACUGGCUGAGAUGGCAUGGCCUGCGAUUCUCAGCAAGAGGGACACCUUCAGGGAAGUGUUCAUGAACUUUGACCCUCAGUUGGUGGCAAAGCUGAACGAGAAGAAGUUCUUGGCGCCAAGCAGCCCCGCUAGCUCCCUGCUGUCGCAACACAGGCUGCGCAUAAUCAUUGAAAACGCACGUGAGUUGCUGAAGGUCAUCGACGAGUUCGGAUCGUUCGACAGCUACUGCUGGAGCUUCCUGAGCAACAAGCCAACGGUCGGCAGAUACCGGCACACGCGGGAGGUGCCGCUGCGGACGGCCAAGGCCGACGCCAUCAGCCAGGACCUGAUGCGGCGGGGGUUCCUCGGCGUCGGGCCGACGGUGGUCUACGCCUUCAUGCAGGCCGUCGGCAUGGCCAAUGACCACCUCGUUACCUGCUACCGCUUCGAGGAGUGCUGCGACCUCGAAUCUUGCGCGGCGCCUGAGGGCUACGGCGGUGACAAUUGCAAGAAGCCGCCGGCGGCGGCGAGCGACCAGGAGUUGAGCAUGCUCUGUGGGCUGGUGCAGUGCGUCGCCUUGGAGCCAUCGAGAGCCGCCACCGCCACUGUGAUCAGCAUCUCGUAGCAGGGAAUUUCAGUUACCUGCAUGCUAUGCUGGUGACUAACGAACGAGAACAUGUUUGUCAUUUUAGUGUCUGCGAGUGGUUUAAUGCUUACAUGUACAGUAGCUAUUAUCAACCAUGGAUAUCAUUUUAGUAUUGCCAUUGUGUUGCUAUUUAAUACAGCAUGAUUUCACACCCACAAGCAACCAAAUAGCACAAAUGUUCGUACUAUAAUUGUACAGAACUCUCUUUCACUCUGAAGCAAACAAAGAGCCUCCCUGUCAUUCUUUUUU